AUGCGCCUCAGAUCCAGCCUGGGACAACAGCGCCACCGCGUGUUCAGCCCGCCCCGGCUCGGUAGGGGGCAGCAUGGCGAAUCCUCUGCAGCAUGGCGCCUCAGACCCUCAUCCUGUGACACGGUAUUUACGGAGCAUGCGCACGACGAUCUUCCUUUUUCCAGUGCAGCGGAGUCAGUCCCCCAGUCUUUGGCUCCGGGCUCCUUCAUAAGGAGACAAAAAGACUGCAAAAUGGGUUUUGUUAAAGUGGUGAAGAACAAGGCCUACUUCAAGAGGUACCAGGUGAAGUUCAGGAGGAGGAGAGAGGGAAAGACCGACUACUUUGCUCGCAAGCGCCUGGUUGUUCAAGAUAAGAACAAGUACAACACACCCAAGUACCGGAUGAUUGUCCGUUUCUCAAACAGAGACAUCAUCUGCCAGAUCGCCUAUGCCAAGAUUGAGGGUGAUAUGAUCGUGUGUGCUGCCUACUCACACGAGCUGCCAAAGUACGGGGUCACCGUGGGCUUGACGAACUACGCAGCAGCCUACUGCACUGGUCUGCUGCUGGCCCGCAGACUGCUGAACAAGUUUGGCCUGGAUAAGGUGUACGAAGGCCAGGUGGAGGUGACCGGCGACGAGUUUAACGUGGAGAGCAUUGACGGUCAGCCAGGUGCUUUCACCUGCUACCUGGAUGCUGGGCUUGCUAGAACCACCACAGGCAACAAGGUGUUCGGUGCUCUGAAGGGGGCUGUGGACGGAGGCCUGUCCAUCCCACACAGCACCAAGCGCUUCCCUGGGUAUGAUGCAGAGAGCAAGGAGUUCAACGCUGAGGUUCAUCGCAAGCACAUCAUGGGCAUCAACGUGUCUGAGUACAUGAGCUACCUGAUGGAGGAGGAUGAGGAGGCGUACAAGAAGCAGUUCUCCCGCUUCAUCAAGAAUGGAGUCGCCCCUGAUUCGAUUGAGGAAAUGUACAAAAAGGCUCAUGCUACCAUUCGUGAGAACCCAGUCCAUGAAAAGAAGCCUCCCAAAGAAGUCAAGAAGAAGAGGUGGAACCGUUCCAAGCUCUCUCUGGCCCAGAGGAAAGACCGUGUCGCCCAGAAGAAGGCCAGCUUCCUCCGGGCUCAGGAGCAGGAGGCUGCCGAUUGAGGUGUCACUCAGUGCGUAAUGGAGAAAUUUGUCCAAAUAAAUUUAUCAAAAAAGA